AUGUUUCUUCCGAAUACCUCAGAGGUUGAAGUCUCCACAUUCCUACUGAUUGGGAUCCCAGGGCUUGAGCACAUGCAUGGUUGGAUAUCCAUCCCUAUUUGCCUCAUGUACCUAAUGGCCAUCUUGGGCAACUGCACCAUCCUCUGUGUCAUCAGAACAGAACUUUCCCUGCAUGAGCCUAUGUUCUAUUUCCUCUCCAUGCUGGCCCUAUCUGACCUGGGCCUGUCUUGCUCCUCCAUCCCCACUAUGCUAAGCAUCCUCUUGUUUAAUACCAUGGGGAUUUCUGCUGAUGCAUGCAUUGCCCAGGAAUUCUUCAUCCAUGGAUUCACAGACAUGGAGUCUUCAGUGCUCCUGAUCAUGUCCUUUGAUCGCUUUGUAGCCAUUCGUCACCCCCUGAGAUAUAGCUCCAUCCUCACCAGCUCCAGAGUUAUACAAAUUGGACUAGUAUUUGCUGUUAAAAGCAUUCUCUUAGUGCUUCCUCUUCCUUUUACAUUAAAGAGACUCAGAUACUGUAAUAAACGCCUGUUAUCCCACUCCUACUGUCUCCACCAGGAUGUCAUGAAGCUGGCCUGCUCUGACAAUAAGGUUAAUUUUUACUAUGGGUUGUUUGUUGCACUCUGCAUGACGUCUGACAGUGUAUUCAUUGCUGUUUCCUAUGUGUUCAUCCUAAAGACUGUAUUGGGUAUUGCUUCCCAUGGGGAGCGGCUCAAAGCUCUUAACACCUGUGUUUCUCACAUUUGUGCUGUGCUCAUCUUUUAUGUGCCAAUCAUCACCUUGGCUACCAUGCAUCGCUUUGCUAAGCAUAAGUCCCCCUUAGCUAUGAUUUUGAUAGCAGAUGCUUUCUUGCUGGUACCACCCUUGAUGAAUCCCAUCGUGUAUUGUGUAAAAACUAGGCAGAUUAGAGUAAAAGUCUUAGAAAAAUUGGGUCUGAAGUCUAAGUGA